UCAUUCUCAAGUAGCUAUAGAGGAAUGGCUUCAUCAGCAAAGACACCAGCUCUUGACAAGCCUAACCCAGCUGAAGAUUGGAUUGUUGUAUUUCCUCGUCGUGGAAAACAGAAAAGAAAUUCUCAUAAAGUUAUCAUUCACAAACGGAAAAAACAAGAACAGUUGUGGACUCCAGCAGAUAUUGAGACCAAUCUAGAGAGAAAAUCUAAAUUGAUGCAGAAAAUACAAACCUGCAUUAGGAAACUCGAGAGCUCUUCCUUCUGGUUGACAUUUUUGGAUCAGUUACAAACCCCUGAAAUAUUUGAUAGGUUUCUAAAAGUUGUGGGCUCAGAAGUAAAGAUGUAGAUGGUAAUAUAUGGAAUUGGUAGCAUAGAAUCGUAUGAGCCUCCUAGA